AUGGACCACACCAACCCAUAUAAUGGCAAUAGAGAAAUUCUAACCAUGUUUAAGGCCAACCAGAAAGGUGAUGUGAUGGAGCAAUCUUCAAAUAAUUUAUCUACUGGUAAUUUAGUUGAAAUCCUCUAUGAUGUUUCCAGGGAUCAAAGUGCGUCUCUUUUAAUUGAUAAGUUUUGUAAAUCAUGCGUGGUAGGUUCUGCUACGAUUCCAUCAUUGAAUACACCUAAACAAAUGGGAAGAGGUGCAUGUGGGAUGCUAUCUGGAUCUGAGACCUACCAUGCCUCUGCCUCAAGCGAUGCUACUCUUUUUUCUAGCUCAUUACCUGUUCUACCACAUGAAAAGUUGAACUUGAAUGAGAAGGAUCAUGGUGAUCAAUCUGUUGAUGAUUCCUCUUCUAGUUUAGAUAAACUUUGCCAAGAUGUGAAUGGUGGUGAUAUAUUGGAAGAUGUUGGAACUCAUGUGAUUGGUAGUUUGCUUCCAGAUGAUGAGGAUGAGCUUUUAGCUGGCAUAAUGGAUGAUUUUGACCUGAGUAGGUUACCUGGUUCGCUGGAGGACUUAGAAGACUAUGACCUUUUUGGUAGUGGUGGAGGCAUGGAGCUAGAAAGUGAUCCACAGGAGAACCUGAGCAUGGAUAUAUCAAAGCUGAAUCUAUCUGAUGGGGUUGUUGGUAAUGGGAUUUCUCAUUACAGUCUUCCAAAUGGUGUGGGAACUGUUGCUGGAGAGCAUCCAUAUGGUGAACAUCCUUCAAGGACAUUAUUUGUUCGAAAUAUUAAUAGUAAUGUUGAAGAUGUGGAACUGAAAACUCUUUUUGAGGCAUUUCCUUUAGUUGCCUUGAUUUUAGAAAUAGUUUGGCCAUUGGUUGGACUGCCAAACCUUUCUGAGAACAAUGUUGUACUCAAUGCAGCAGUUCUAAACCCUAUGCAAACAUGUAGCAUGCAUGAGGCAGGGGGUUUUGUAAUGAUCUCUUACUACGAUAUUCGUGCUGCUCGAACUGCUAUGCGUGCAUUGCAAAACAAGCCACUGCGUCGGAGGAAACUUGAUAUUCACUUCUCAAUUCCAAAGGAUAAUCCAUCAGACAAGGACAUUAACCAAGGAACUCUGGUUGUUUUUAAUUUGGAUCCAUCAGUUUCAAAUGAAGAUCUGCGACAAAUCUUUGGGGCUUAUGGUGAGGUCAAAGAGAUAAGGGAAACACCACACAAGAGGCACCAUAAGUUCAUUGAAUUUUAUGAUGUGAGAGCAGCAGAGGCAGCACUUAAAUCAUUAAAUAGAAGUGACAUAGCUGGAAAACGCAUAAAACUUGAACCAAGUCGCCCUGGUGGAGCUCGUAAAAACUUGAUGUUACAACUAAACCAAGAGCUUGAGCUAGAUGACACUCGGAGUUUCCGCCAUCCAUUGGGUUCACCAUUAACCAACUCUCCACCAGGUAACUGGGCACAGUUCAACAGUCCUAUUGAUCAUAGUCCACUACAAAGCAUCAAUAGAUCUCCUGUUUUGAGGAAUAUGAGCCCUACAAGUAGCAACCAUUUAUCUGGACUGGCUUCAGUUCUUCACCCUCAAGCAUCCAACACCAUGAGAAUUGCAAACAUCGGCAAAGAACAAGGAAGGGGUAAUCUUGUGGAGCAUACAUUUAUGAACAUAACUUCAUCUAGUGGAGCUGCCUUCCAGCAGUCACAAUCGUUGCCUGAAUUGAAGUUUAGUGAAUAUCAUGGGAGUAGGUCGUCUUUUGGUCCUUCAACUUCCAAUGCUUCUGUUGUGGAAACAUUGUCUGGGCCACAGUUCCUCUGGGGAAGUCAGAAGGCAUAUUCAGAGCAUACCACCUCUUCAGGCUGGCCAACCCAACCAGUGGCGCAACCGUUUUCAUCCAAUGGGAAGGGUGGCCAUGGCUUUCCUUACUCAGGUCGGCGUGGUACUUUCCUUGGCUCAUCCCUGCACCACCCACAUCCCCAUGUUGGAUCUGCUCCAUCUGGAGUUGCUUUCGAGAGGCACUUAGGGUUUUUACCAGAGUCAACAGAAACUUCAUUCAUAUGUCCUGUUUCAUUUGGAGGCAUGGGUACAGGCCAUAAUGAUGGAAAUUUCAUAAUGAAUAUGAGUGGUCGUGAUUCCAUGAAUACAGGUGUUACCAUUCCUAGAAAUGUGGCGGAAAAUGGUCCUUCAAGUUAUAGAAUGAUGUCUUCACCAAGGCCGUGUCCUGUGUUUUUAGGUAAUGGUCCAUACCCAGGACUGGCACCCCUCAACAUUGAGGGUUUCAGUGAUCGUGGGCGGAUCAGAUGGAUUGAGAAUAAUGUGAACCAUACUGAUAGCAAGAAACAGUUUCAGCUCGACUUGGAUAAGAUUAUCAGCGGUGAAGAUACCCGAACGACCUUAAUGAUAAAAAAUAUUCCUAAUAAAUACACCUCAAAGAUGUUGCUAGCCACCAUUGAUGAGAAUCACAAGGGUACUUACGAUUUUCUCUAUUUACCAAUAGAUUUCAAGAAUAAGUGCAAUGUGGGCUACGCAUUCAUCAAUAUGUUGUCUCCUUCACAUAUUAUUCCAUUUUAUGAGGCAGUUAAUGGUAAGAAAUGGGAGAAGUUUAACAGUGAGAAAGUUGCUUCUUUGGCAUAUGCUCGGAUCCAGGGAAAGGCAGCUCUUGUGACCCACUUCCAGACUUCAAGCUUGAUGAAUGAAGAUAAACGCUGUCGCCCAAUUCUCUUCCACUCAGAGUGGCAGGAUGCAGGUGAUCAGAUCAUCCAGGAGCAUUUUCCCUCCAACAGUUUAAACAUCCAGUUCCGUCAACCAGAUGGGUCACACUCAGGAGAUUCUCCAGAAAGCCUGGAGAGGAUGGCUUUACGAAGAAGCUAG